AUGACUGGCAGCAGAUUAUAUGACAUAAUAAGUGUAGCCUCGGCAGCCAAGGCUGUUGCACUGAAAAAUUUGGGGCUUCAGAAAGCUGGAGCUUCAUAUUUUCUUAACUCUCAGCGAACUCUUAUUUCAUUAGCCAACCCCAUCACACAGAAAUUUAACGUCAAUAUUUCAACGCCUUCUUCUGCUUAUACAGCUCAGAGACCAGUUUCAACAAACCCUUUAAUAAACAAUGUUGCUUCUCCUUUGGAGUUUGAUAGGAGACCCAACAUUUCUCCCAAGAACAUUGAUCUCUCGAAUAAGCGUGAAUAUAGCACAGACUCAGCGAAAAAACCACGGUCAGUAAUUGGAGAAGCUGAAAAAAAGAAUUUUGUCAUGGAGAGUUCUCCAGUUCCUGCCUCUAGAUUAGAGCGUCUUUUCCAUUAUGGAUCUCUUGCUACUGGGCUUGGCUUUGGUGCUAUUACAGAAGGCAUCAGACGUAUUGGAUCUCAACAAGACACCACUAUUUCUUCUGUGGUUUUGUCACCCGCAAAUUUGGAGCGUAUGGUCAAGAAGUUUUCUCAAAUGAGAGGUGCUGUUUUAAAGGUUGGCCAGUUACUUUCUUUCCAAGACUCUAAAGUUCUUCCACCAGAGAUCCAAGAGGUUUUAACUCGCGUUCAAAACAGUGCCAACUACAUGCCUCGUGGUCAGCUAGAGCGUGUUAUGACUAAAAACUUUUCCAAAAAUUGGCGAACAGACCUUUUCUCUUCUUUUGAAGAUUAUCCUAUUGCCGCUGCUUCAAUUGGUCAAGUUCACGGUGCUGUUCUCCUUCAAGACCAUUCUUCUGUUGCUGUUAAAGUUCAAUACCCUGGUGUUGCCGAGAGUAUUGAUUCUGAUUUGAAUAAUAUCUCUCUUCUCCUUACCGCUUCGAGAUGGCUUCCUGAAGGCUUGUUUCUUGACAAAACUAUUGCCAACGCCCGGACCGAGCUUAAAUGGGAAUGCGAUUAUUUGCGUGAAGCUCAGGCUAUGGAACGAUUUGCCGUUCUUUUGAAAGAUGAACCUGGUUAUGCCAUCCCCAAGGUUAUUCAUCACGCUUCCACUCAACGCGUCCUUACAAUGGAGCGCAUGUUUGGUACUCAAAUCACCAAGGGUGAUUGGGAUCAAGAUACAAAGAACUGGAUUGCCACCAAAAUCAUGAGACUUUGUCUUCUUGAGAUUGGAAAGUUCAAGUACAUGCAAACCGACCCAAAUUGGGCUAACUUUCUUUACAACCCUGAUACCAAGAAACUUGAAUUAUUGGACUUUGGUGCUGCUAGAGGUUAUGGUGAUGAGUUUAUUAAGAACUAUCUUGGUGUAUUACGUGCUGCUGUCCGACGCGAUCGUGAAGCCUGUAGAAUUUACUCUCUUAAACUUGGCUACCUCACUGGACUCGAAUCCAAGUCAAUGCUUGAUGCUCAUAUUGACUCUAUUCUUGUUUUAGGUGAGGCUUUUAGCAAAGAUCUUAACACAGCCGACUCUAAGUUUGACUUUUCUCAUCAAACUAUCACAGAUCGUGUUAGGGCCAACAUUGGCAUUAUGCUUAAAGAGAGACUUACACCCCCUCCAGAAGAAACUUAUGGUCUCCACCGCAAACUUUCUGGUGCUUUUUUGCUAUGCGCUAAGCUUCAGGCACAUGUUCCUUGUGCUGAGUUAUUUGAGGAAAUUAUUGGUCUUGAAGACCCUGAGGAAUAA